ACAACAUGCUGAAAACCCAAAUGAAAUCUGUCCUAGCCAAGCAACUACUCUUGGAGCAUAUCUUCACAUGCAUCAAUGAUGGAUCUCCCACCACCCCCACCUUUACUCAACAAGAACCACCAUUACCAUCUUCUCUGCUUCUCACUCACUCACUCCAGAACAUAUCUGCAGCUCCGACAGCAUUACACAAAUUAAGCUGCUCGUCUGCCACUUCCCCAGUCUCAUCUCAACGUGUUCGUUUCGUGUUCCUCUCUCUCUCUCUUCCAUCCGUACAAUUUCCUGUUCAAACAUGAUGUAUAGUUUUCUUCUCUCUUUUUCCCUACUCCCUUUUCCAUCCACAACCAGCACGAGCCACCUGCCUGCACAGCAUAAACUUCCAGCAUAUUCUUUUUAAAGCAGAUAGGUCACAAGUGUGAAAGUCGAAACUAAACUACCCGAAAAGCAACAGGGGAAGCUGCAGCUAUUAUUAAUACCCUUUUCUCACAAGACUUUAACCAACCUGAAAAAUCUAGUUAGCAAAAACCGCUUUACUCGAACACAGAAGAACAUGACAUUUUCGUGCGCAAAAAACUUCUUCCGAAGGUUCUGUAUUGAUGAGUACCAACUAGACACUGUUGCUCAGAGCAGCUUCUUCUCUACUGAUCUUCUGCCUUCCCUUGGUGCCAGAAUCAACCAGUCUACUAAGCUCCGGAAAUACAUUAUCUCGCCGUAUAAUCCUCGUUAUAGGACGUGGGAGAUGGUACUUGUUCUUCUAGUCAUCUACUCUGCGUGGAUUUGCCCGUUCGAGUUUGCAUUUCUCCCUUACAAGCAGGAUGCUCUUUUCAUCGUUGACAACAUUGUCAACGGCUUCUUUGGCAUUGACAUCAUUCUCACUUUCUUUGUUGCCUAUCUCGACAGCCGCUCUUACCUUCUUGUUGACAAUCCAAAGCAAAUCGCAAUGAGGUACUUAUCAACCUGGUUUCUUUUUGACGUGUGUUCCACUGCACCAUUUCAGUCUAUCAGCCUCCUCUUCACAAAUCGCGGCAGCGAACUUGGGUUUAAAGUACUCAACAUGCUCCGCCUCUGGCGCCUCAGACGAGUCAGCUACCUCUUUGCAAGACUUGAGAAGGACAUCCGAUUCAACUACUUCUGGAUUCGCUGCACGAAGCUCAUUUUUGUAACCCUUUUUGCAGUGCACUGCGCCGGAUGCAUCAACUAUCUGAUAGCAGACCGGUAUCCUGAUCCGAAAAGAACCUGGAUCGGUGCAGUGUACCCGGAUUUCAAACAAGACGGUCUCUGGAACAGAUACGUUACUUCAAUAUACUGGUCCAUCACAACACUAACAACCACUGGCUAUGGAGAUUUGCAUGCUGAGAACCCUAGAGAGAUGCUGUUUGAUAUUUUCUACAUGCUCUUCAACUUGGGACUGAAUUCUUACCUCAUAGGAAACAUGACAAAUCUUGUAGUUCAUUGGACCAGCAGAACCAGAAUCUUUAGGGACACAGUGAGAGCUGCAACAGAAUUUGCAGCAAGAAAUGACUUGCCCCCAAGGAUUCAGGACCAAAUGCUCUCACAUAUAUGCCUCAAGUUCAAGACAGAAGGACUGAAGCAGCAAGAGACCUUAAAUGGUCUCCCAAAAGCCCUUCGUUCUAGCAUUGCCCAACAUCUCUUCUUCCCCAUCAUUCAAAACAUCUACCUCUUUCAAGGAGUUUCUCAUGAAUUCCUCUUUCAAUUGGUUUCAGAAAUAGAUGCAGAGUAUUUUCCGCCCAAGGAAGACGUAAUUCUGCAAAACGAGGCUCCGACCGAUCUAUACAUACUGGUUUCCGGUGCGGCGGAUCUGGUGUCCAAUAUUGAUGGGCAAGAUCAAGUUAUUGGAAAGGCUACUGCGGGGGAUACUUUGGGGGAAAUCGGAGUAUUAUGUCAUAGGCCGCAGCCUUUCACCAUUCGGACAACCGAACUUUCCCAAAUAUUACGACUCCGCAGAAGUUCACUCAUGACCACUAUACAAGCAAACAGGGAUGACGAGCAGAUUAUCAUGAACAACAUUUUUCUGAAACUGAAGGAACAAGAAGGGUUGGGCUGUGAAUAUCCACAUACCGAAGGAUGCUGUUCUUGCGCGGGGUGCAAAGAUAACUCGCAUCAAGAACCAUCAAUGCAGGAAGCAAGGAAUGAUUUGUUUACAGGUUCAGAGACUAUAGAAAAGAGCGAAAUAGGCAAAGCUGAUAUUUCAACUAGAUGUGCAAUGGAUGUCAGCACGAUGGCUGAGGAUGGCCAGACGGCUCUUCACACAGCUGUUUGCCAGGGAGAUUUGGAAAUGGUCAAAAUUUUGGUCGAAGGAGGAGCAAAUGUAAACAAACCAGAUGCCAGAGGAUGGACGCCGAAAGAUCUGGCACAACAGCAAGGAAACAAGAGCAUAACUGACCUCUUACGACGAUAUGAGAAUAGGAGAGCAGCCGAACAUAGAAUACAGUUUAUUGAACUGGAAACAUCUGAAAUCACCAGGAAUUGUAAAAGAAAUUCCAAAAGACACGAGGGUGCCCAAUUUUCCCACUCUCACCAGAAAGAAGUACCCAUAAAGUGCUACCCGAGCAAUUCUGGCCCAGAUAGAGAAGGGAUGAGAUCAAUCAACAAUAGAGUAACUAUCCACAUGCAUUUUCAGAAUGGAACUGCGUCGGAAAGGCAGCUUGCAAAGUUAAUAAUCCUACCUGAUUCGAUCGAAGAGCUGCUCAGAGUUGCCAGUGAUAAGUUCGGAGGACACAAACCUACAAAAGUUGUGAACGCAGAGAAUGCAGAAAUAGAUGACAUAAGUGUUGUUCAAGAUGGUGAUCACCUGUUUCUUCUCCAUAACGACUGAAAUACUGUGAAUUCUGAUGUGACUAGAUCUCAUUAAAAUACAACUAUGUAGAUGCAAAGAUAGCUUGUAACUUUUUAGGCAAUGUAUAAUAAGAGAGUACAGAAAUUUUGAUGUAACUAAAACCAGUAAUACUACUGGAAAAGUGCAAGAGUCAAUUACAGAAUAUGGCUCUUAAUACUUUGGAUGUGUAAAACCCCGUCAGGUAAUUAAUCAAAAUAAUAAAAUAGCAAGAACUACGUAUUAAAA